CAAGGGCAGGGCACGGCAGCAUUAAUUGCAUUCCCAUGCACCACUCGAGCCAUCCAUCCAUCCGAGUCCAUCCGUGUGUUCGUAUCUGUCCUCCGCACAGCACAGGUGCUCGCAGGCACCAACGCACACACAAGAACGAGCGUACCUACCACACACUUGGACCGACCAUUGCUGCAGUGAGUGGCCCGCCCCGCCCCGCCUCACACCCCCGCACAACACAUAAAUGCAAUGCAUCCAUCACUUGCCAUCCACAGCCAUGACCACGAGCCCCCAGAGAUCGCCAGCACGAAAAUACAAAUCGCCAAAAAACAACACGUCUGUCUGUCUGUUACCGGCCGGCCUGGUCUGCUGAAGCCAAAAGAAUUUGUAACGAGGGCGCCCCCGUGUCUGUGUGUGCAAACAACACACACAGAUUGAGUUCUUAAUGAGCUAUCUGCGAUGCAAUGUGGAGGGAGGGAGAGAGGGGGGAGGGAGGGAGGGAGGGAGGGAGGGAAAAGUAUAGAGAGAACAAAUCCACUUUAUCCAUCCAUCCAAUGGCAUCCAUGACCGCCACACCACACAGAAACACACAAGCACGACGGAGAAAAGAUCGUGACCAUAAAGUGACGUUAGUCGCUGGCUUCCUCGGUUUCUUCUCGUGUCAAGCGAAGCGGAUACAUAAUAUCGGUAGGUGCGGUCGGUAAUCCCUUUACUGUACUCACUGGUUCUCGGCAGCUCAUUGGCGGCUGGGCUGGCUAGUCUGGUCUGUAUACCAUAUCAUCAUAGUAAGUAAGAGUGAGGGCGGGUGAGUGAGUGAGUGAGCUAUAGAUAUUACAUACCUACACAACACAGAGAUUGACAUACAUACACACAGAUGGGACAAGGCAAGGCAGGUAUGACAGACACGACGGGACAUGCAAGCAGGUAGGUAGCAGGUAGCCAGGCAAGGAAGGCACCAGCCGCACAAAUACUUAGUAGUUGACUGACGAUCAUCGUGGUGUUAGUAGUACCCCGGCCAAGUACUUGAGUGUCGUAACAAGGCAUGCAUUGAUUGCAUCCGUUCGUCCGUCCGUGCGUCCAGCCCCUGCUGGCCAAUCGUGUGUCGCGUCCCUCUCGUUAUGUGUUGGGUGUGUCACACAACACAACGAUGGACUGACUGACCGACUGUAUGGAAUGGAUAGGUAGAAAAACGACCGAUGGAGAACAGCCGCAUGUGAGAUUGAGCGAUGGGGUGUGUAGGCAGGCAUGCAGGUAGUGUCCACAAGCGCGGGUCGGGUGCGUCUCGACCGACCGAAUUAGGCCCUUGGGGUGGUCUUCGGCGUGCCGGCCAACGAAUACAACCUACACCAAACACAGAGAGAGACAGGAAUGAUGUCUGUCGCCUUUUUGCUGCGGUGGUGCCCUGCCUGCCCACGCACGGUACGCACCUGAGUAUUUUGAGUGAGGUGAUGACAUUUUCCCUGUCCUCGCCGCCCUCGUUGGUCAGCAGCACCAAGUGGGUCAUCGAACCCUCACCACUGUCGUACUGAACAGACAGACAACACACUCAUAAUUGCACGAGCAACUCUGGUGGAGUUUGUACCUCGAUAUCGAUGGCGCGGCUCUUCUCCUCGCGCGUCAGCACGCGGAAGCAGGCAUUCUGAAAGGUUAAGGGAGACCACACAAUCAUCACUGCCUUUGUAGCGCCUGUCAGUCUUGUCUUACCGAAGUCACUUUCGACUCCUCGAAGAACACCACAUCCGAUAUCUGGUCAGACACACACACACACAUGGCCGCCAGUCUAGCCAACGCACAUUCCCUCUUCGCCAUCUCGCUCACUGUCGUCAGGGGAAUGUUCCUCGUCGCGUCAGGGCCCGUGAUGAUCAUGUGCUGGAAGGACACCCGAAUUUGAUACACAUACACGCACUGCUGCUGUCUGUGUCCGCUGGUGGCUGGCUGGCUGACCUUGAGCGACUCGGUGAGGUAGUAUGUCGCCUCGACCACCUGCCCCGCACCUUGCAGUGUGUCGGGCUCCUUGACAAAGUGACACUUGACGCCCACCACCGCCGCACGCGCAAACGCCUUCACCUGUGAAACACACACACGCGCGCACGGACAGAGAAAGAGAGAGUGAGCGAAUGAGAACGAAGAUAAGCGUUGGAUUCCUGCCUAACUGACUAACCAUCAUUUGCAGCCUGUCUUUCUCCCUCUGCUUCUCCUCUUGUGUCAGAUAGGCCCCCGAAGUCUGCGACACGUCAUUGCGCGAGGCGUCCUCCCUCUUAUCUGACAACAAGAACGGAAGCAACACGAGCUACAGCGCACCAGAAGACGUCGGUGUCAGUGUCACGUCCCCCCACCGUUCCCGGACGCGCCGGUGCCUUCCACCCUUGGAGUGGCAGACGACAACACCUCGGGCUCGUCUUCGCUGAAGGCCGACGCGUACGCCUUGCCGUGGUCGUGCUGAAACAGACAGACAAGCGGGGAUGCCUUUUGAUGCCUCCCCCCGCUGUUUGCUUUAGUUGUGGGCUGCUUGCCUGGUCGAAGGAUAUCUGUGUGACGGCUUCCCCCUUGCCUGGCUGUUCACACGCACAGCACGCGGCGAACAUCUCGGGCUCCUCCUCUGUCUUCGUCGACGGAUCCAGCCUCUUAGUGCUCUCACACUUGAGAUACCGACACUUUUCCUUCUUGCUUCCGUGCUUGUCGUGUUUAUGCUGUCGAACCCAACACCUCUUUGGAAGCCCCCUCCUGCCAGAGACGUCUGCGUUCUUG